CCGCCCGCCAGUCCUACGGAGGCCAAUCAUAACGCGCACCCUUACAACUCUCCCAGAAGGACAGACUGGGAACUCAGGUUUGCGCAACCUCUUCUCCGACACACGCAAAGGAGGCUCUCCAAACUUUGGGUUUCCCGAGAUGAACUCAGCCUCCGGAGAGUCCCUCCCACUGAGCUCAGCGCACAGCAGCGCACAGGGAGAAGAGCUGAACCCCGGCCCACCGCUUCUCCCUUUGCUGCGCGAGCCAGGGAAGAACUCCGGUUUCCCAUCAAAAUUUCAGGACCGAGCAGCUGAAUGCAGUUGUGGAUGCACCAGUUUCGGCCCCGACGGGGCUUGGACUGUCACAGAAGCCCUUUUGGGUUCCCAGCUACUGUGAAGAACCGAUUCUAUUAAGGUGCUACAGGUUCUAACUGUAGCGUGUUCCACACGUCUUAAGCCUGUUUUACGUCUGUUUGGGAUGAUGUCAUUAGUGCCCACAUUCCCCCACGAAUUCUACUAAGGCGGGGGUAGCGGUGGUGGAGACCCCUGCGUUGAAGAUUGACACCUAAGUAGGUUAACUAAGCGAUUUAACGAAGACAAGUCUCCCCGGGUCUUGGCUGAAUCCCCAACGUUGGAGAGUAAGGUUGCGGAGCCCCGGAAGGCUGUGCUGUGUUUGUCUCAGACGUCAAUGGACAGGAUGCCCUAAAUGCCCAUUUGCGGGCAGGGUCGUGGCCUUCCCCUUAAAAACAAACAAACAAAUAAACAAACAAAAACAGAGGCACCACUUGCGCCGGAUGGAUAAAGGCAGCUUGAGCUUCACACUGCUACUUCCAAAGCCAGUCUGCACCUCUUACCAGAAUAUAGGUUACCAUACAGGAGGGCUGUAAACAAACUGAUCCCUCUCACCAAGCGUAGCCACCACUACCGGAUCGCCCAGGUUUGGUGAGCGCAGAGAGCUAGACAGAUGUCAGAGGCGUUUGUCCAGAUUCUCACGCCUUCAAGAGGAGGGCAGUGGCCGGGCCCCCCAACUGCUCUCCAGUGUGGACUCCGGAUUCUAGCAAGGGGCGGAGCUUCUCGGAAAGCGAAAGAAGGAGGGCCUGACAGGAGUCGUAGGGGAAGUAGGAAGCUCAACAGGCGAGCGCACCGGACCGCCUUGGGUCGGGGGUGGCUCGCCAUGUCGGAAAGAAGCCCUCCCGUGGGAUCUGUGCGCCUGGACUCCUCCAUGCACUCCCUCCCCUUGGCCGCGCUCAACGUGGGAGUGCGGCGCCGCCUCUCGCUGUUCUUGAACCUACGGACGCUGGUGGCGGCCGACUGGACCUCGCUGGCGGAGGAGAUGGGCUUCGAGUACUUGGAGAUCCGAGAACUGGAGAGUCGCCCCGACCCCACCCGCAGUCUGUUGGAUGCCUGGCAGGGGCGCUCUGGCGCGUCGGUCGGCAGGCUGCUAGACAUGCUGGCCCUGCUGGACCGGCAAGAUAUACUGCUGGAACUGAAGGACCUCAUCGAGGAUGACUGCAGGAAAUACUUAGUAAAUAAGCAGAAGCAGGAGUCUGAGAAGCCGUUGCAGGUGCCCAGAGUGGAAAGCAGUGUCCCACAAACAAAGGAGCUGGGCGGCAUCACGACUCUUGAUGACCCUCUGGGACAGACACCGGAGCUUUUCGACGCCUUCAUCUGCUACUGCCCCAGUGAUAUUGAAUUCGUGCAGGAGAUGAUCCGGCAGCUCGAACAGACAGACUAUCGGCUGAAGCUGUGUGUGUCCGACCGUGAUGUCCUGCCAGGCACCUGCGUCUGGUCUAUUGCCAGUGAGCUCAUUGAGAAAAGGUGUCGCCGCAUGGUGGUGGUUGUUUCUGACGAUUACCUACAGAGCAAGGAAUGUGACUUCCAGACCAAGUUUGCCCUCAGCCUCUCCCCAGGGCAGAGGGGAAGAGGGGCCGACUCAGAGCUGGAUGCACCCAUGCUGCCCUGUCUGCGUCUCUGACUCCUCUCAGCCUCUGCCCGUGUUCAGAGGUGACUGGCCUGAGCACCUGAGACUGCCUCUCACUCCCACCCACCCACGCCUGUGUGCGUAUCUCAGUUCUGUCCAGCCUCAGGUGGGAUCCUGUCCUCUGAGCUGGGCCACCGGGGCCAUCAGGACAGUGUCAUCAGGGAACCUUCCACCCCACCCUUCGGCUCAUCAACACAAAGACUUUCUACCAACUUGCUGUACCUCAAUUACCUACUUUGUUAACAAGCAGCAAAAACACAAAAACAUCCUGCCCCCAGGAUGGAGGCAUGUGUCCCCAAACAGUCUUGUUCAUGUAGAUAUGUGUAAGUACACACAUGCUCCCUCACACGCACAGGCAUCUGCACACAUGUGUUUCCUUUGGGACAGCUCCCAAGAAUGGCUGCGUGGAAGAGCUCUACCCUCAGGGGGUCUGGACAAGAAUGGGUACUCAUGGCACAGGUAGGAGAAUGUGCCUACAAUUCCGGCGCUUGGGAGGGCGAGGCAGGGGAACCAGGAGUUCUAAGCUAUCCUUGGCUACACAAGGUUCAGCUUGGGUGACAUGGGGUCCUAUUGCUGUCUCCCAAGAGAAGACAAAGAUGUGGGCACUGGUGCUUUCUUCACCCUUUUCCCCAGUCAUUGACAGCAAAGUCUAGAAAGGCCCCAAACAUGACGCAUUUGGGCCGUUAGUGAACUGAAGAUUGAAAAAGGAGAAGCUCAACAGCAGAAAUCAGCUGCAGGCUCAGCUGUUUGCUCCCCAGUAAGGUGGUUGGUGUAUUCCUCCCAAGCUCUCUGGCAUAGGGGCAAUGUUGUGGUCCCUCUCAGGGCCCACCCCUCGGUCCUGAAUCCAAAAGAAAAUGUGCCUGCCCUCAGUGUCUGGGGAGGAAUGGAGGCCCUUAGAGUCACCUCGUGAAACACUUCAGUGCUUGAGAGCAGACAGUUUAAAGCAAUCUGGAGAAAGUGUCUUCUAUACCUGUCAUAUAGGUUGUGUGAGAACUUCAGUGAGAUGGAUGGAAGAAAGGCUCAUGUCUGUCCUUUGUACUUCUGCAUUUGAAAUGUAAAUAAAAAGUAUUCUAUUUUGAGAA